AUGCUCCAUAAAUGGGGACUCGGGCCUACACCAGGAUGUGACUGCGGCUAUGAAAAGCAAACUGCUAUACACAUUGCUGAUGACUGUAAUACUCGACGACUACAAGGAGGAAUGAAAGAGCUACACAGAGCCACAAUAGGCGCAGUGCAAUGGUUGAACUCCUUGGACAUACAAAUCUAA